GCGGUAGUCUCAAAAUUGUGCAGGCAACAUGGCGGCCCCCGUAAGGACGUUGUGCUGCUCAGUGCUGAGGUACUCGAGCAGACAGUUCAGCACAACGUGUGGAGUCCAGGCUGGAGAGAAGUGGCGGAAAGAACAUGGACUUGCUAGAAGCGGCACAGAGUACGGGCCUCUGACAGAUCUGCCUGAUUGGUCAUUUGCAGAUGGACGGCCGGCACCUCCAAUGAAAGGCCAGCUGAGGAGGCGGCAAGAGAGAGAAGCUCUAUCUAGACGUAUUGUGAUGCUGAACUCGGAGGUGGACCGAGGGAUGGAGACGUGGAGGGAGAAACAGGAGGAGGCCAAAAGAAUGGAGGAGCACAAAAAGUCUCUUUUGCUGAAACCUAAAGGGAAACUACUAAUGAAGAAGAAAUCUCAAAGUUAGAGGCCGACUAUCCUAACUCUGAUAUUCCAUGCUGAUAUUCAGGAUGAUGGAUGUAUUUAUGAUGGGUUUUCGUCUGCUCUGUUAUUUGUGUUUUUCUCUACUCAUGCAAUAAAAUGUUUCUUCUUUAUACUCU